AUGUCCGAAAAUAAAGAAUCAGUUUUGGAUUCUGGGAAAACUUCCACAUUAGAUAAGUUAAAUGUCCCUGAGUAUAAAGUUUUUGAAAUUUGUGCCAAGGGUGAACUGAAAAAACAAAUUAAGGAUUAUGAUAGACAACUAGAAUAUGAGAAAGUUGAAAAGGAUGAGUGA